GGUAUGGUAGUUUGAGCAGUGCUUAGUUCUUUGUGGCUCUACGAUGAGUGCUUGUGUUACUGAUUGUGUGACUGUGUUCUCUUUCUGGGCUCCCGUGGAUGCUGAUCCCAGAUGCUAUGGGGAGAUUAUUCUCCUAUGCUUGUUUGAUACCCAUCCAGAUGUUCAGAAGCUAUUCCCUAAAUUUGCUGGCCUUCCCAAGGAGCAGCUGCAGAACAAUCCUAAUCUCCAGGCCUAUGGGGAAAUUGUGGUUUGCAAGCUGACAGAAAUCCUGAAAGUGAAAGGGGAACACAAGGAACCCAUGAAGGCUCUGGCAGAAAGUCAUGCCAAGCAGCACAAGAUCCCUCUGGUUAACUUUCAGAUCAUCAGUGAAGUUAUUGACACAGUGGUAGCAGAGAAGCUUGAUGGAUUUGGUCCUGAUGCUCAAACAUGCCUAAAGAAUGUGCUGAAGCAGUUUCAGAUUGACUUUGGGAGCUUGUUAUGAUGAGCUUGGAUUUAAUAAGUAGUUCUAAUUGUGGUUUGUGUCAACUGUCUCAAUCUGAUGCUUUUGAGCUCUGGUUUGAA